GCGAGCUCCGGGGAAGGGACCCACCCUCCCUGUCCCCUCCCCCUGAGAUCGGCAGCGCGACUGGAGCUUCCGCCUCCUUCCCCGCCCCUCCGGACCUUCCCGGGGAGCAGAGGGCGGGUGUGGACAGUACCGAGGUGGAACGAAUUUUGGAGCUCAGACGGGUGGCCCGGGUGGCUUCGGGUUGGGGGGCACGCCCAGCUUGGAGAAGCCGGUGCAGGCGGAUGAAGCCGAAGCUCCUGGGUCUUGGUGGAUCCUGGUCUGAGCAUAGCUAUUCCCAGGGGAGGUGAGAGGUGGAUCAACAUGGACCCCUUCGAUAGCCCAGCCGCCUAGAGCCAGCCUUGCUGCUCUCUUCGGAGCUGAGCUGUCACCGAGGCGCAAACAAGAAGCAGCUGAGCGACUGGAAUUUGUGAAGUUCCGGGGUGGGCGGGGAAGCCCGGGAAGCUACCCGCCGGAAAAAAGAUGCCUGCCUUCAACAGAUUGUUUCCCCUGGCUUCCCUCGUGCUCAUCUUCUGGGUCAGUGUCUGCGUCCCUGUGUGUGUGGAAGUACCCUCGGAGACGGAGGCCGUUCAGGGCAACCCCAUGAAGCUGCGCUGCAUUUCCUGCAUGAAGAGGGAGGAGGUGGAGGCCACCACAGUGGUGGAGUGGUUCUACAGGCCUGAGGGCGGUAAAGAUUUCCUUAUCUAUGAGUAUCGGAAUGGCCAGCAGGAGGUGGAGAGCCCUUUCCAGGGACGCCUGCAGUGGAACGGGAGCAAAGACUUGCAGGAUGUGUCCAUCACUGUGCUUAACGUCACUCUGAACGACUCCGGCCUCUACACCUGCAACGUGUCCCGGGAAUUUGCUUUUGAGGCACACCGCCCCUUUGUGAAGACUACACGGCUGAUCCCCCUCCGAGUCACCGAGGAGGCUGGAGAGGACUUUACCUCUGUCGUCUCAGAGAUCAUGAUGUACAUUCUCCUGGUCUUCCUCACCUUGUGGCUGCUCAUUGAGAUGAUAUAUUGCUACAGGAAGGUCUCAAAGGCUGAAGAGGCAGCCCAAGAAAAUGCGUCUGACUACCUUGCCAUCCCAUCCGAGAACAAAGAGAGCUCGGCGGUACCAGUGGAGGAAUAGAAGGGUGUGCCCGAGGUGACGUGCAGGGAAGGACUGGGGAAGGUGCAUCAGGGCGGCAGCUUGUACAAGUGACUGUAUCCAUCUACACCCAAGUGACUUUAAAUUGGACCCCUUAGAUUUCUACCCUACCCAGAGUCCCCACCCUCAGGGUACUACCUUAAGUCGAUGAUGCCCAGGUCACAGAGCUCUACGUCAAGCCCUUCAGAAGGUAAAUUGCUUUGGCCUGAGUGUUGGAGCAACUUGAACUUCCUCCCCACCAUGACAAAAAGGAAUACCCCCACUCCCUCCUUUGCAAGGAUUGUGGAUUUGGUCAGAGUCUUUGGCUGGGCUGGACUGGGCCGGGCUGGAAAUUCUCAGUGAGUUGUUUUAUCAUUGGUAGGUGGUCUGGACCCUGAGGGACUGGAUAUUCCAGGUUCAGGGGUGUCAGCAGCAUCAGGAGGGUGCCCCAGGGGCCACAUUGCUUCCCCUCAUGCAUCCAUCCUUCUACUCAUUCACGAUACAGCCGCUCACGUCUGAACUUUCACCUCUGACUUCCUAACUCCAUCAGACCUCUGCACACCCUAAGACGUUACCGGAACUGAGGAGCCAACAUUUCUACGCGGACUCAACCUCACCGUGUUCUAGCUUUCAAGCGAGGAGCUCCCAUGCCAACUGGACUUCUUCCCUGGGCUCCAAAUGACUCUGUACAAAUGCGGGAGAUGGCACAUCGCUCUGUCCCUAACUGGCUGGAACUGGCUGCAUUCACUGCGCACGUGAAUGGACGUCUUCAUGGAAGGAAGCGGGAAUGGCUAAUUCGGGUUAAAGCAAGAGUGUCAUGAAGUGGGAUUCCUCGAAGUCAGUGUUUUCUCCUGGCCACUUGACUAGAGCAUCAGAGCAAAGCAUGCCUUUCUAGAUUCUUCAGUGAUAGAAAGCUUAUGAAGCAUGGACCAAAAUAUUCUCGGAACUUGGUACUCUAGGGCUUGACCCGGCUAGGUCUCAAAGGCCUAAGUUGGGCUCAGCCCUUCAAGAAGCCAAAGAUGGAAGUGGCUCUUAAAAGUCGUACAACAACUUAACCCGCUUAGGGUAAAGAGUGUGUGCCCUCCAAGGGGAGCGCCCACCUGAGAUAGCUGGGAAGCGUUAUUUCCCUGUGGGCACUGGAACAGAAAUUCCUAAAUUCUUCCUCUCAAAAUUCCUGUAGAUCAGUAUUAUUCCUCAUUUUACAGGAGGCAACUAGGACUCAGACUGGGCUCAAUUGAGUAAGAGACUUCGGAGACUAAACUGGAACAUAGUAAGCCUUAGGUGCUGCCCAGUUGAGACUUUUGGAGAUGGGAUAAUUUCAUUUUUAAAAAGACCUUGCAACUGAGCUUGGCCAUGGCCAUGCCUUGUUCACAAGCACAGGGGGUGGACUGCCUGGCGGAAGUUAACUCUGAUAGAGUCCGGUAACGAAACUGGCUGAGAGGCCUGGAGUAGGACACGGGGUAGACUGGAAGAAUUUCCUCGGUGAAGAUGAAAAAUCCUCCAGAAGGAGGUUGCAUCUGGGAAGGACAUUUAAACUAAGAAAUUAGUGCUUUGUAGUCUCAGAGGGAUGACCGUGAAUGAGUGAAGUGACAGGCAGGGCUAGGCGGCUUCCAAAUAUUUCACCCGUGAAUCCAUGAUGUCUUGCUGUUGGGUUUUUUUCUGGAUUUUGGAAGAGCAGAGGAACACUGAAAAAAUUUUAGUAUCUCAUUUCAUUUCAAUUGAGUGGUCCAGGUGUGAUGUCCUUCAGCACCUAGUGAGGAGGAAGGGGAAGGCUGCUUCAUGGGCUAUGAAAGCAUGUUGGUGGCAGGGCUCAGGCAGUGAGAGGUCCCUCAGAGCUGGGGGAGAUUAUGAGGGAAAGAGCACACUCCACUGGCUCUGGGCCUCACCCAAAAACUCGUUUUUUUUCCAACUCUUUCAUCCUUGGGGGAUCUACUUGAAACAAGUCCUUGUUCACAUCUUCAAGAGCCCGAUAUUACUGAAGAAAAUACUUUCAGCAAACUCAAGGCCUGAGAAUCGGUAAUUUCCCACACAAUUCCUCUGAAAUAGGGGACAGAAUAUAGAUCAGUUUUCAUACUUUGUAAUUAGGAAGAUAGAUAGGCACAGAUUCCUGUGAGGUCUUCCCAGUUCCAUGGCUGGUGGAUGGCCAAGCUUACAGAAGUAAGCUACUUACUAUGAGCCCACCCUCCUCUUGCUUCCAGUAGACAAUGCAUCUAACUCGUUAUCAAGUAGUAUGCAUGAUGGCUGCCUUUUUUCUGUUUAAAAAGCCCAACCCAGGUAUUUCCUGAGUGGUUUUUAUUGAUGAGCUCAAUGCACCUAUCUUUUUUUUUUUUUCCUUCUUUAUCUUUUAAGGAAUCUUUUUCUAACUUCUCCACCCUUCUCAUCCUUAAUCCUGUCAUUAGAGCAAUAUGGCUUACAUAGUGCUUUCAUUUCCACUACCUUAGGUCUUCUCCACAAGUAGCCCUGUGAGGUGGGUAUUGCUGAUACCCGUGUUAACAGAUGAGCACACUGAGGCUGUCUGAGGCUAAGCAGCUUUGCCACAUCCUACAUUCAUACAGCUGGUAAGUGGAGAGCUGGGGUCAGGUCUUCUUCGGACUCCUGGCCCAGUUCCCUUUCCUCUCAGACCACAGCUGCUUCCUUUCCUCUCAUUGUGGAACGUCCAUCUCAUCUUCGCCUCUCUCGCAUGUCCCGAGGUGUUGGACAUCUCUCGCCCUUGACCCUCCUCAACAGCUCCUCUGCCACUUUGCUUCUUAGCAGGUGCUUGCGAUGUGCUUUGAGACUCUUAUCUCAUUUUGGUUUUCCCUUUCUAGUUCGUUCGCACAUCGCUCUUUCUCCUGAAUGGCAAUUCAGCUCCUUCCUGGGAGACUUGAUCGGGACUACAAAACUAAGGGUACUGUGAUCCCCAACCUGCUUCAAAUCCUCCCCAUUCUGUUUUUCCCCCUAUUCCUGGGGGAGCCAGACCAAAUGUGCAUUGCUCUGGAAACUUCAUUUGGCAUGUUGUUCUUAUGCAAGGGCUUAGAAAUGUUCUCAAGGGCUGUUACUACUUUAGGAAGCCCAUCUGUUGUCUUGGUGCUGGGUAUUUCCCAUGACUGAUCCCUCAGUAACACAAUUCACUGAAGGCCAGGCCAGGCUGUAACGGCCAAGAACUUGAUUGCUCAACUCGGUUGGCACUGUAGACACUCUGCCCUACUGACCUUUACUGCCAGUUCAGUCUUAGAGCACAGCCCCAACUCCUGCAUGUUAAUACUGUGACAGUCGGGGCCUGUCCCUACCCCAACCUUUACUUUCAAUCUGUUUAAAAGCAUUAUUUUUUACUUCCUCCAUCCCUCAACAUCCACACAUCCAGAUUUCUGAUUCUCUUCAGUUUCUGCUUUCUCUUUCGAUGCCCAACUAGACAGGUUAGUAGGAAAGGAAUUUUUCAAAGCAGGAAACGUGUGCAGCAGGAAAUGGUUAAGAAGACAGUGGUAGCUCCCGACAGAACCACUAGAUCAAAAAGGAAAGUACACCCAACCCAGGUUCUCUGAACUUACCUGACAUCAGAGGGCAGAGGCUGUGUAAUUGGCAUCUCUACUGGAAGAUGCAAGAGCCAGACACAUUUCAGAUCUUGGUUCCCCUUUCCCCGGUUAACACAGAAAUGGAAAAAUACAACGAACAAAAAAGCCUUCCUCUCCCCUCCUUUUGUACAUGGAAGAUUCCCCCAAUCCAGUGAAUUCACCUAGCCCCUGUAUCUGAGUGGUACUGGUGUGUUCACCCUCCGAUCAUCCAUCCAUUCUGCGUUUCUGCACGCACUCUGUCUCAAGCACCAAUCUGGAGCCUCUGUGUGCCCCGUGGCCUUAGGUCUGAAAAAUACCAUCAGCCAAGUUCUUCCUAAUCUCUUAGAAGUCCACCGUGGUAGAUAACUCAUGUUGAGCUAUCUUACUUGAGUUUAUUGUAGGACCCAGUAGAUAAGCACAUGAAGCAAGUCUGAGUUGUGGCAGAUCAGACUCCACCCCUAUCCUAGGGCCAGCUAAGCCUCAAAGCUGGUAAUACCCCUUUUCCCCCCCUGAAUCACCAUCCGGCAAGAGCUGCAUCUGAUGGCAGUUUGUGUGAUGGGGAGGGGGACUGCAGAAGCCCGAGUGCUUGUAGAUUUGGGAAACACCAUCAAACACAAUUAGCCAACUCUUGCGGUCCUGCAACUGAUGCAUCUCUUUGCCACAUCGUCACCUUCAUAUUGCUUUUUCUUGAUUUUCCAUAGCCAAUCUUUUUCUGAACUCUAGAAAUAUUCCUGAUCACCCACUCGCUCCACAACGUAAUGCCAGUAUGUAGUGUUUUUCAGGAAAUACCCUGUUCCUGUCAAUAAAGUGUCUCCAAACGCGG